GACGAACUCAUCACCGCCACCUCCUCCUUCUCCUCCUCGGCCCCUCAUUUCCUCGUUCUGGGUCGUCUUCUUCGUAAAUUGAGAGGGCAUUCGCUCGUAAAAAACCCUAAUUCUCCAUCCAGGGUUUCUAAGAGGAGGCCGUUUCUUCUGUUUCUUCGGGCGGAUCAAUCGAGAGGCGUCGACGAGGGAGGGGAUUUGGGUCGUCAAGCCCUAGGGCCUUUUCCUUUGAUUCGGGAGUGGGAUCUCGUAGCGGUGUGCGAGCCAUGAGGCCCAUGGCGACGUUGCAGGAUCUGAUCGAGGAGGCGAAGGUUCGAACAGUGUGGUGGGGGAUAUGCGUCUUCGUCAUCUCCUACUUUUUGUCGCAUACAAGUAAAUCUAUGUGGACAAAUAUCCCAAUGUCAAUUCUCAUACUCACGUUCUUCCGCUAUCUGUCCUAUGAGGUGGAGAUUCGGUGGAGGACACCGCCAGUGCGUAGGCAGACAUAUCUAUCUCAUUUGGCAAGAAGGCAAUUAUCUGUGAACGACUAUCGUCUUUCAACUAUGCCGCCGAUUUCAAGACGGAGGAGGAAGAUUGAUUCACCUUCUAUUGAGGCUGCGAUUGAGAAUUUUAUUGAUAAGAUCUUACAGGAUUUUGUCGUUGAUCUGUGGUACUCAUCUAUAACUCCUGACAAGGAGGCACCAGCUCUAAUACGCGCCUUAAUUCUCGAUGUUCUUGGUGAAGUUUCAGUAAGAGUCAAAGAGAUCAACCUUGUAGACUUGCUAACAAGGGAUAUAGUUGACCUAAUAGGAAACCAGCUGGACCUUUACAGAAAAAAUCAAUCAGAGAUAGGUGCAGAUGUCAUGGGGACAUUAUCAUUGGAGGAAAGGGAUGAGAGACUGAAGCAUCAUUUAAUAGCUUCUCAUGAACUUCACCCUGCUUUGUUGUCUUCAGAGAAUGAAUACAAGGUUCUUCAACGAAUGGUUGGAGGAAUACUGGCUAUAGUCCUGAGAGCACAAGAAGCUCAAUGCCCGUUAGUUCACUGCUUCAGCAGAGAGUUGUUGACAUGCCUAGUUUUGCAGCCUGUCAUGAACUUUGCAAGCCCUGGGUACAUAAAUGAGCUAAUUGAGUACAUCUUCCUAUCCAAUAAACAUAACAACGGCGGAUUGGGUGACUCUGAUAGGUCAAGUCAUGCUACUGCUAGUGUUUCUCAUGAUCACCCUGUUUCCAAAGGAGAUGUUCGGGGUUCUCAACCUGAAUCAAAACAUACAUCUUCCAUUCAAUCGAGUGAUUUAACACUGGUCAAAAGUAGUGGAGAAAGCAAGCUUACUAGUUCUGAGCAUGGCAACCCUAAGUCAAACGAUGCUUCUGAGAGUCAUAUUCAGCAGAGGCCAGCUGAUUGGGCAAUGGUAUUGGAGGCUGCUACUAAAAGGAGAUCUCAAGUUCUUGCACCUGAGAAUCUUGAUAACAUGUGGACAAAAGGAAGAAACUACCAAAAGAAAACUGUCAAUCUUUUAAAAGCAGAAAAAUCUUCAGGAUUGGUUAGAAGUCCUGGAGUAGGUACUAUAACCCACACAGGAACUACAGAGAAGGAUUCAUUGACCAAUUUGAAUGAAAGGAUUACAUAUAUAGAUGAUAAAUAUAUGGUUAACUUGAUGCAUGGAUCCAACCCUAAUACUCGAUCAAAUGCAGCAGUAGAUAGUAGGCCACAUGCAUCACAGGAUCUGGCAGCAGGGAAGUCAAAUGAGGAGGUUUAUUUUGGCUCUGAUAGUCUAGAAAGUGCAUCAAAAGUUACUAAACGCAGCCGAAGUCAAAUGAAACGAUCUAGUAGCACUCCUGAUAUUGGAAUAGCAUUUAUGGGCAAAAGUGGCGAAACUAUUGCUUCACAUGAAAGCCCAAAUUCUGGCAAAGAGAAGGAAGUACACAGUGCUGCAAUAGUUUUGCAUAGUGAAGGAUCGUUGAGUGUCCCAAAACUCAGGUGCCGGGUUGUUGGCGCAUAUUUUGAGAAAACUGGAUCAAAAUCUUUUGCAGUUUAUUCAAUUGCUGUAACUGAUACAGACAACAAGACCUGGUUUGUGAAAAGAAGAUAUCGAAAUUUUGAGCGCUUGCACCGUUAUCUGAAAGAGAUACCCAAUUAUUCAUUACAGUUGCCUCCAAAGAGGUUUCUAUCAUCCAGUAUUGAUGAUUAUCUUGUGCACCAGAGAUGUAUCCUUCUUGACAAAUAUCUCCAAGAACUUCUGUCUAUAGCAAAUAUUGCAGAGCAGCAUGAAGUUUGGGACUUUUUAUGUGCUUCUUCAAAGAAUUAUUCUUUUGGAAAAUCUACCUCAGUGAUGAAGACAUUGGCAGUUAAUGUGGACGAUGCUAUGGACGACAUUGUUCGUCAGUUCAAAGGCGUUUCAGAUGGCCUCAAGCGCAAAGUUGUUAACUCAUCACCAUCUUAUUAUGUAGCUUCUUCACCACUGGGGGAAAAGAGCAUGGCACUGUCCUGGAACGGGGAGGAUACAAAUAAGCAUAAUCGUGUUUUUAGUAAUGUCAAAACUUCUCACAGCUUGUCUGAUGACGAAAGCCACUAUGAAGGCAAGCCUUUGGCAGUAAAUGAUGGGUGGCACUCGGACAAUGAAUUGAACUCCAAAGAGUUUCCUCCUCGCGUUGUUAAGCGCAUUGAAGAAACUUGUUUGGAAUCUCAGAGAAACCAGCAGUUAGAUAAAUUAGAUAGAAUUAGUUUUGAUGGUCCGAGUGCAUUGUUAUCUCCUGAUUUAUUUCAAGAUCCUGUUGGAAUGCCUCCUGAGUGGACGCCACCAAAUGUAAGUGUGCCACUAUUAAAUCUUGUUGACAAGAUAUUCCAACUAAAGCAGAGAGGUUGGUUAAGGAGACAGGUUUAUUGGAUUUCAAAGCAAAUUUUGCAGCUGAUGAUGGAAGAUGCAAUUGAUGAUUGGAUUCUAAGGCAAAUCCAUUUGCUUCGAAGGGAUGACGUUAUUGCGCAAGGGAUUCGUUGGGUACAUGAUGUUCUCUGGCCCAACGGCACAUUCUUUACCAGGUUGGAAGGAUUUCAGAGUAGAACGGAAGAAAACCAACCUAACUCGGGACCAGUUCAAAGUACAAAUAGGAUGUAUGGCGAUAAAGCCAGUAGGCCGAGCUCUUUUGAGCAGCAGCUUGAGGCAUCUCGCAGAGCAAGUGAUGUCAAGAACUUGUUGCUCUCUGGAGCUCCAACAGCACUAGUGAGCUUAAUUGGGCAUAAACAAUACCGGCGCUGUGCGAGGGACAUCUACUAUUUUCUCCAGUCCACUGUUUGCGUUAAGCAGCUGGCAUAUACUAUGCUGGAACUCGUGCUCGUAACGGUAUUCCCAGAGCUACGCGAAUUAGUUGCGGAUAUCCAUGAGAACGCGCGUAAUCAGCACACUUCAGAGAACAGGCAGAGUUGAAAAGGAGAUUUGCCUUUUUUUAUUCUCGAAGGCAUCAGCGGUCAUGCAGUUAAUACACAGCCGGCUGAGCAGCUGGUGAGCUACGGCUCGGCAAGCCACUUUUGCAUGCUCUCUACUGGUCAGCACUUUUUUUGGCUUUGCCGUUUUGCAUUUAGGCAGAGAUGAAUCUUGGAUUGGCGAGUGGGACUUACGUUCACGUUCAGAAACUGUACAGGUGUAAACUGUAGUCUCUUGUAUAUGUUUUGGCCUAGUUGGAAGCGGGUUUAUGACGACGUUGCUCCGAAGAAAACUAGUCUAGCGCCUGGUUGCUGAUGGGUUUGUAUGUUAGUGGCAUUCUUUUGUUUUACAAUAGUUUCUCCCCUUUUUUUGAUUGUGCAAAGGAAAAAUUACAGAUACCAAGAUUCUAGGAAUUCACAAAUAUUCUUCAUUGAUAAUCUGUAUUAAACUCGCUUCUCUCUACCACAGUUUGUUGAAUCAUGAGUGAAGGUAAUCAGAUUCAAAUUCAGGAAAA